GGAUGGAUCCUUCGCUAACACGCACAGGGUAUGCUUUCCCGUGUCUUGGCCUGAAUCAAGCCCAGAGCUUUGCUGCGUGUCCAAGGAGGCACAACUUGAGCGAUCCGCCACCUGCAACCUGGAUUGGCUCGUGUACGGACCUAUGGAUGACAAGAAAUGCGUCGAUCGACAGCAACAGCGUUGUCAAAACCUCGCCGGCCUGGCGUUUGAGAAGGCCAUCAAUCGGCCAGCCCGAGAUCAGUGAUCACAUUUCACAUAUCACACAAGGGUCCGGUAAGGUACCUUACCUUACUACGACUCGUACGGAGUGCCAUGGCUUGGCGGGUCCUCGAGUUUUACUUUCUCUACUGCACGCCUAGGUGCUCAAGAGCUCAGGUGCUCUUACUGCAACUCAAAGUUGAGAACUGGAAACUUCAUGGCCAGCAGCUGAGCUUGGCGACUAACCCUGGCCUGGCUAUUCGCUGGCUCUCCCGUCUCGGUCACUUUGGGAACAACAUGGCUGAGCUGUCACUUCGGCCAGUCAGUUAUCAAUUCCAGGCCGGCAUACAAUCCCCGAGCACCAAGGUCCAGGUUUCAAGCCUCAGGGUGCCAACUUCACACGACAUCGCUCUGCGUAAAGGUUUCGUCUUGUCGGGUCAGCAGAUGGGGUCUACCAAUCCCGGCGUUCUUCAGUCUCCGAAUCCAAUACCAACCCUUACUGUGUAUUUGUUCGUUAGCGUGGCACAUGGCUGGGCACUACCGUAUGUCUGUGCAUGCUGCAGAAAGCAUAAGGACGACUGGAAGGGUGGAAAGGCUUUUGGUAGAUCAGGACAGGAGGUGUCCAUAUGGAAUGAUUACAUACGGGCUGAAUUAUAAACUAUAUAAAAUAAGCUUGCAGAAGCAGCUUUCUUCAUAGAUAUGUACUACUACACUACUACUUUGCCUCAUCUGCCUGCUUGAUGC